UAUCAAUGUCCUGUUCAGAUUGAUUACGUGCUGGCAUACGAAGAAGAUGGUAAUGAUGCCAGUGAAUCUCCAUCUACUGCUGACUUUGAAAAACUAGAUCAAGACGUAGAUCAAGACGAAGACACUGAGGACCAAAAUACUCCUCAAACGGCUAGCAGUACAAAAGAGAAGAAACAAAAUAGGAGAUUCUAUUUUGAGACAAACCUGCAAAAAAUGGGAUUACAGAUUGAACGAGUUAUGAUUUCACCGAAACUUGGUCGCACUCGAUUUGUCCUACUACAUGCACCAUUUCCCGUUUUGGAAAAACAAGCACAGUUACUGUCUGUAAAGCUUCCAGUACAACAAAGUGAUGUCGACUUCAAGGAUCGAACCUCGCUUCCCGGUUUCUUGGAUAGUAUACUUUCGAAGAUUGGCAUUUUUGAUUUCGAACCGCGUGUGAAGAAAGUUUUGGAAGAGCCAGACUUCUUCACUGCGCCAUAUUCUAGUGACAGGCGGAAACAGUUUGUCAACUGGGAUCGCCCAGACAUUCUAUUUCCACAUGCCGAACGAUCUCGAAUGGUGUAUGACUUGCUUACCAGAGCUCAUUACGAUGAUCCGCGCUUAAAUUCCAAGGGAAAGACGCAAAAUCACUACCGAUUUGGAAUUGAACGAUUAGUGGCUCAGGGUGUUUACACUGCUGCCUAUCCAUUGCAUCAGGUAAUGGCCUAAUU